AUGCCAGUCCUCAGGCGAUGUCUGAUGGCUAAGGAACUGUGGUACCACACUGCCAUCCCGUCUACUCUUUUAGAGGAUUCGAAACCCGAACCCGCCAAAGACAACAGGUCUCACAUGGUCAUCGCUGGACUAUUCCUGCCAUCAGCCUCUUUUACCGUUCACAUGGCUACCCUAUGGAUCUUACCUCCUGAGCUCCUCGAGAUGAUACUUCACCUUAUGGGAAGCAUCGACGAUGUACACAACAUGGGCCGAACGUGCAAGAAGACCUACGACAUCCUUCAGCGGCCGACCAGAUACGUCAAAAUUAUGAGAUCGGUCAUCGGAUGUGCCCCACAGCACAGUCUAUUGCCAGCGACCCAACUCAGUCCGUUCGGUUACGAUUGGAACAAGUGGGAAAGUGCUCUGACCACGGCGACAAGAGCUGCCACAUGUGACGAUGUGUGUUGUUCUGACUGCCUCCCGGAUUUCAUCGUCUAUGACAUAUUAGCUCGAUAUCAAGGAUUACGAGUGCUCGAGAACCUCUGGUUGGAACUACAAGUGAAUGCAAACGACUAUUUCUCGAUAGAUGAGAGCUCCGAUGCGAGUGCACUCUCGCUUACGCACGGAUAUCAAGUUGUAAUCAAUCGCAACGAGUUGUACCGGGAUGGAGAAUUACCCACACGGAAACGUGCAACCCCAGAGACGGCAGGUUAUAUGACCCUGAAUUCAGAUCAACGGGCACGCUUUUAUUCAGCAGUCAUUUGUGUCUGGUUGUUCAACGAAGUCCGCUGGGUACUUGCCAAUUUCCAGUAUCCCGGACGCCUCGACCUCCAGAUCCAUGUGCUGGAGACUUGCAAAGAACAUAUAUUCGAACGAAACAGCGAGCCUCUAAUGGAUGAGCUAGAUCAGCACGCUGUGUUUCGCUUUAUGUAUCACCACCUGUUGCCUGUCUACGGCCUAUCGCUCGCAGAACAGGAUAUUUCCAAGUUACCGUUCACUUUCUCGUCGGACUUCAGCAAAGAUCAAGGCUUCACCGCUAGGCUACUCCAGCUCUUCUUUGCAGCAGGACAGACCUACUAUCAGCCGCCUGACCUUAUCGACCUCGUUGUACGCUACAACGCAUCUCACAGGCCGGCUUAUCCACGCGUAGCUUUUCCCACAAGUACGCAAGUUUGGCAACACCCCUCACAAGCUUUCGCCUUCCCUUCCAACCCGGACCUUGACUUAUUUGACGACAACUAUAAGCAACUUGUUCUACGGGCUUCACUGACGCACCUGAACUUGAUCGCUCGCGCCUCUUUCCACCAAACCAGCCAAAUUAGGUCGCCACUUAUCACUGCACCCACGUCAACCGACGCAUAUACAAUACGUGACCACGCUAGCGACUUUUUCUUCGACCGAGUCACGGUAGCAUUUGAGAAAUUUGAGAGCCGCGAUUCACAAUUGCUGAGCAUUCGUGAGGUGUUCCCAAGGAAAUGGGAAGAUGCACUGUGGAGUGUCUGGUGGUGGGCCAAUAGCGAAGACAAGGCUAGAGCCAAGAUGGAGAGAUGGAGGGAAGUGCCAGUGGAAGGGUUGUAUACGACUGGAGUGGCAACGGCGACAGUUUGA